AUGAGGUCCUUGAUGACAAUCAUAAUGUCCUACUAUGGUGAUCUCCGCAAUAUCUGGCAGGGUAGUAACACUUCAUUGAAAGGGUUGUUCAUUGAGAACUACGAAUGUAAAGAUCAGAAUUUUACACAGACCUACCAAGCUCUCCUCUUCCACCUCCCCAAUGGUGAAGACAGCAUGGGAGGAAAGAACUCCACACCUAAGCCCCAAUAUGACAUCUCCUCUACCAUCUCCCCAAAGACCACGAGCUCUGCACCCUGUCCCUCCACCCAUCCCAACACAGCAGAUUUAAUCUUGGUCUUUUUGGCUGGGGUUCUACUGACACUGCUGCUGACGGCCAUGGUCUUCCUCAUCAUUAAGAGCUGCAGAAGAUGUCACUACAGUCCCCAGGUUCCAGAUCCUCACUCGGACUCUCCUGCCAAGCGUUCAUCCCUAGGAGAGGACCCGCUAACCUACGCCAGCAUGUCUUUCCAACCCUUGGAAAAGAAGAGCCACAGCUUGACUGCAAACCAUUCUGCGGACUUAGACCCUGUCGUCUACGCUCAGGUUAAAGUGAUAAGCCAGUGAGGCUUGACUCCAGUUCCUCUCAUCUCAACAUAUUCUUUUCUGGUCUUCUACAAUUUUUUGACUGCAGCCCACGUGAAACUGCAGAGUUGUUUAGGUGUGAUCUGACAGUGGGAUCCAGAAGUCUCCAAGACCAGUGGUCAGUCAUUUUCCUGGCCAGAGGAAAGGUUGCUGGCCUUCCUACUUGUACCAACAGCUCCCUGAGGGCCUCCCCGGUAGCCUCCCAAAGGGUGUGAGACAGAGCUCAGUGUUCAGAACGUAAUCCCCCAGUGUCAUUGAUCAACUAGGGAGGAGUCAACCCAAUGAACAAUCUAUCAAGAAUUC